AUGGGUACAAAAUGGGCCGUCCUGGCGUUGCUGGUGGCUGUCGUCGGUGUUUGUGGUGCUGAAAACAAGGUUUGUGCGCUAUUUUUGCUCAUUUCUCAUUUCGUUUUUUUUUUAUGAAACCGAAAAUUUGUUUUACACAUUUUUUUUCAGAGCUCCUACGCACAAGCAGCCGACAAUUUCCUGGACGAGCUCGCCGGAAAGGCCGUGGAGCCGGUAAAAGUGCCGGAAGAGGCGGAAGAGCACGAAGAACACGGGCACGGAGGACACGGAGGGCACGAGGGACACAUGAUGAAGAUGUGGUUUCACGGCGGAUUCGAAGAAGUCAUCCUUUUCGACUUUUGGAGGACCGAUUCUCUUUUCGGUAUUUCUUUAAUUAAAUCAAUUUAUCGAAAAUUUCAAAGAACAAUUGCAGGAAUGCUCCUCUCGUGUGCCGCAAUUUUCAUCAUGGGCGCCACGUACGAAGGCGUCAAAUGGUUCCGUGUUUUCCUUCAAAUGAGCCAGACGCAGAGCCAGGUGCUCGCCAAUAAAUCGUGUGUUGAGGUAGAUUUUGUCCUAAAGUCGCCGGAAAAAUUAUACAAUUAACGCAAAAAAACAGUCUGUAGGCGCGUGACGCGUUGCAGUUGGGGAAGGCAUGCAGGCAGGCAGGACGAGGAGAAAAAAUGUGCCGAGAGAUUGGCCAACUUGCGAUACUCGCGAGAGCGGGGAUGACCGGGUCCAUCCGUACGAUGGAUUUUUUUUCGGCCGAUUGCUCGGUUGGCUGCCAUCGCUCGCUGCCUUCUCGAAUGCAAACUUUCAAAAAUGGCGCGCCGUCAUGAGCGCAGUGUGGUUGGACAAAAUAGCGCGCGAAAAUCCCCGUCUACCGUUCAGUCGGACGGACUCUCUCUCUCUCUCUCUCUGGCCAAUCGCUCGGUUGAUGGAGGUACGCCGUACUUAGUCUUAAAAAAAACCCAGAUUUUUUCAAACAAUAAUCGGUCCAGUUUGCACUUCAGACGACGCGAUCCUCGGCCGGAACGUGCCACCAGUCCGUCUCCCGAUCCGCCUCGAAACCCCAAUCGGAGCCCUUCCUGCUGACGUCAUCAGUGGUGCGAAACUCGGCCCCCGCGCCCUUUUCGCCGCAGAGACUCGUCCAGAUGCUCUUGUACAUUCUGCAAUUGGUGCUCGCCUACUGGCUCAUGCUCAUCGUCAUGACUUACAACACUUAUUUGAGUCAGUUUCAGAAAGUUUUGAAGAUUUAGAAAUUUGCAAUUUGUUCGUUUCUUACUUAGCAAAAAAGUUUUUAAAAAAUUUGGAGCUUUAGGAGCAUGCCCCACUUUGAGCUUCACUUUAAGAAUAUGCUGCCAUUCGAUUAGAAUUCUUUCAAACGGUUCUUUUUCAGCAGCAGCAGUGGUUCUGGGCGCCGGAUUCGGUCACUGGCUGUUCGCAGUGCUCCAAUUACGAAAUUCGGACGGAGAAGCGACGGAUUCGUUCGAAACUGACGCCUGUCACUGA